UUGCAUCCCUAAGGUGGCGCUUGAGUCCAAAGGGCCAAAGGCACACACUCAGCGCGCUCUCCCCUCUCUCCAAAGUCCAAAACCUUUGUAAAACCCUACUCUACAUUUCAAUUCUGAAAAAUGAGGUUAAGAAACUCGUCCUCAUCAUCAUCAUCAUCAUCCCACGGUAGAAAAUCAUUUACAUCACCCAGAAUUGUACGUUUCUCAGUCACUGACGCAAACGCUACCGAUUCUUCUUCGGAUGAUGAUGGUGGAGGUGAUGAUUACAAAGUAAGAGGCAGUAAAAGGUAUAUUACUGAAAUCUCCAUUCCUCCUCCUCCUCCUCCUCCUUUUACUGCUGCUGCUGCUGUCGCCGUUACUACUAACGGUAACAGAAAGGUAAAAAAGAAGAAUUCCCCGAAGAAAUCAUCAAAAAAAUAUAUUGGUGUCAGACAAAGACCAUGGGGAAACUGGUGUGCGGAGAUUCGAGAUAGACAUAGAAGUUUACGGUUAUGGUUAGGUACAUUCAAGACAGCUGAAGAAGCUGCAUUGGCUUAUGAUAGGGAAGCUAUUAGGUUAAGAGGUCCAAAAGCAAUUACAAAUUUUGAUUAUACACAGCCAGAAUCACAAGUGCCGCUGGUUGCCGGACCUCCUAGCCGGGCUAGUAAAGGUACAUUUCCAAGCCAUGGAGAGUGUGAUACUCAGGAGAAUUUGUCCAGGGAGAAAUCGACAAAUUCAGAAGCUGAUCCAUUGUCAGAAAUCUUAUCUCCAUCUGAGUUUGGCUCUUCAGAUAGACCAUUUUACAGAAUGGAUGAAGUGAGGCUUCUGGAUACUCGUUCUACUGAGUCUUCUAAGAUGCCACCGGAAGUGUCUUGUUUGCAGAAGCUGCCUUCAGAAAUGACUUGCGCUCCAAAGAUUCCUCAAGUUGCAACCUAUACACGUAAGCCCAUUUCUCCUAAAAUGAUGCCACUAGCUUUAUACUACGAUUGCGAACAAACUACAUGCUGCCAAGAAACAGGAACUAAAAGAAGAAGCCUUGCUUCUACUGCUAUUGGUGUUAUGUCUAGCCGUAACCAAACACUAAAAAAGAAAAGAUAUUGUAGAAAUAAUAAGAAAUCAGCAAACGCAAAUCCCAAUCUGAUUGUUAAUGGUGGUUAUGGUAAGAAGUAUCAUGGAGUUGAGCAAAGAUCAAGGGGUGAAUUGGCUACUGAGAUUCGACAGCCAAACCGCAGUGAAAAGUUACUGUUACGUAAAUUUGAUACGGCUGAAGAAGCUGCAAUGCUUUAUGAUAGAGAAGUUAUACCAUGUUUUGGUAUAAAACUAGAACCAGAAGUGCUGUUUCCUGAGCGUCCUCCCGGGAUUAAUAGCAGAGAUGUAUUUGCAAGCUACAGAGAUUGCGAUUCUCAGGAGAAGUUGGCCAAGGAGAAAUGGACAAAUUCAGAAGCUGAUCCGUUGUCAGAAAUCUUAUCUCCACCUGAGUUUGUCACUUCAGAUGGACCAUUUUGCAGAAUGGAUGAGGUGAGGCUUCUGGAUACUCGUUCUACUGAGUCUUCUAAGAUGCCACUUGAAGUGACUUGUUUGCAGAAGCUGCUACCAGUUGCAGCAUGUACUCCUGAGCUGCCACCAGAUAUGACUUAUGCUCCAAAGAUUCCUCAAGUUGCACCUCAUACUUCUAAGCCCAUUUCUCCUAAAAUGAUGCCAUUUCUCCAAAGAUUCCUCAAGAUUCCUCAAGUUGCAACUACAUGCUGCCAAGAAACAGGAACUAAAAGAAGAACCCUUGCUUCUACUGCUGUCGGUGUUAUGUCUAGCUGUAACCAAACACUAAACAAGGAAAGAUGUUGUAUAAAUAAUAAGAAAUCAGCAAACACAAAUCCCAAUCUGGUUGUUAAUGGUGGCUAUGGUAAGAAAUAUGGAGUUGAGCAAAGAUCAAGGGGUGAAUUGGCCACUGAGAUUCGACAGCCAAACCGCGGUGAAAAGUUACUGUUAGGUACAUUCGAUACGGCUGAAGAAGCUGCAAUGAUUUAUGAUAGAGAGGUUAUACCAUGUUUUGGUAUAAAACUAGAACCAGAAGUGCUGUUUACUGAGAGUCCUCCCCGGGGUAAUGGCAGAGAUGUAUUUGCAAGCUACAGAAAUUGCAAUUCUCAGGAAAGUUUGGCCAACAUCAAGGAGACUGGGAUGAAAUCAGAAACUGAUAUAUGGUCAGAGAUCUCAAUUGUGCCUGAGUUUGUCUAUUCAAAUGGAUCGUGUUUCAGAGUCGAAGAAAUGAAUACUUCAUCAGUUUCCAAUUCUCCUACGAUGUACUCAGCUUCAAACUACAACUAUGGACAAGCUACAUGCUCCCAAGAAGAAUCAGUCAGCAAAGUCUCUGAAUACUUCCGUGGAUCCUUGCCUGCCAGCUUUGCUGCACAAUUACCUAUACAUCCGUCUGAGGUCGAAAUAGGGAAAAAACUACCUGUCCGUAGGAAACCAUUAUCAAGUGUCAAAUCAUGAGAAUGCUGAGAUAAGUAAAGCAAGUUAUAUCGGUGGCAAAGGAGGUGAUUUGGUGCUAUGACCAAUUGCAGUUUCUUAGAUGAUCAGUAGUUUCUCUUUGGCUCAUUCCAUGACAUGUUGCUGAAAAUGUAAAUAACACUACCAGCUCAGUUUUUUUUUUGUCUAAUCUUUUCUUAGCUCUAGUUUUAAUAUAAUUGAUAGACCAGAUUGACAAGUAUCUAAUGCACAGUCACAAGAUACAGCACUUGUAUAGUUUUUACAUUCGGAAAUGGAAUAGAAGAGUCAA